GAGCAUCUUCCAAAUCCUCCCAGGACUGUCAGAAACCUGCACGUUGAUUUAAACUCACUCCCCCCCCUAUCCCCCACCCUCUGCUCGGACCGACCACCGGAUAGCAACCGGCAACUUCACCGAAAGUCCGACCCUUCCUGCCGGGGCAACCUGUUACUCGAGGGGAGAAGGAGCCCGCACUGAAGACGGAGCCUGAAGACUGGGGCCGAGCACGACUAAACAAACCCAAAACAAAAAAAAGUUGUGUUGUGGAUUUAAAAGAAAAAGUGAGCAACAGAAGCGGCUUGGUUUAAAAGAGUCGCCUGACAGAGAGUCAGGAAUUAUGACAGCGCUCGCAGGAGGUUUGCCGAGAAUGAUGAGACCGACUCCCCACCAGAACUACCCGCGAGGCGGAUACUCUCUGGAAGUUUCCACUCCGUUAGGACAGGGUCGGGUCAACCAGCUCGGUGGUGUCUUUAUAAACGGCAGACCUCUCCCCAACCACAUCCGCCAUAAAAUCGUGGAGAUGGCCCAUCACGGAAUCCGACCGUGUGUCAUCUCUCGCCAGCUGCGGGUGUCCCACGGCUGCGUGUCCAAAAUCCUCUGCCGGUACCAGGAGACCGGCUCCAUCAGGCCGGGGGCCAUCGGAGGAAGCAAGCCAAAGCAAACCGCUUCUCCAGAAGUUGACAAGAAGAUUGAAGAGUACAAGAGGGAAAACCCCGGAAUGUUCAGCUGGGAGAUCAGGGACAAACUACUGAAAGAUGGGAUCUGCGACAGGAACAACGUCCCAUCAGUGAGCACCAUCAGCCGCAUUAUGCGCUCUAAAUUCGGUGGAGUCGCUGAGGAUGAGGAGGAUGAGGAGGAAGUGGUGAAGAGGGCCAUGGAAGAAAACGAACCACGGACAAAACACAGCAUUGAUGGCAUUCUGGGCGACAGAUCUAGUCACUCCGACGAGGGCUCCGAUGUGGACUCUGAGCCAGGCCUUCCUCUGAAGAGGAAGCAGCGUCGCAGUCGGACCACGUUCACAGCAGAGCAGCUGGAGGAGCUGGAGAGGGCCUUUGAACGCACGCACUACCCGGACAUCUAUACACGGGAGGAGCUGGCUCAGCGGGCCAAACUGACAGAGGCUAGAGUUCAGGUGUGGUUCAGCAACAGGAGAGCUCGGUGGAGGAAGCAAGCAGGGGCCAAUCAGCUCAUGGCUUUUAACCAUCUCAUACCAAAUGGUUUUCCUCCAUCAGCCAUGCCAGGCCUACAGCCUUACCAGCUGUCCGACAGCCCUUACCCUCCAUCCUCCAUUGCUCAAGCAGCAUCUGAGCAGCCCAGUACAGUCCACCGACCACAGCCUCUGCCGCCCACAUCAGUGCACCAGAGCGGCCUGAGCUCUUCAGCAGCAUCCCAGGAUGGAGGCUCUGCCUAUUGCCUGUCCUCUGGACGACACAGCUUCUCAGGAUACUCAGACAGCUUUGUGGCGCAGACCGGACACUCCAGCACUGUGAAUCCCGCCAUCAGCAACAGUCUCUCGCCGCAGGUCAUGGGCCUGCUGAACCCCAGCGGAGUGCCGCAUCAGUCCCAGAGUGACUUUGCCCUCUCCUCUCUGACUGGAGGCCUGGAGCCUAAUGGAGCCAUGGCUGCGAGUUGUCAUGGUUCCCAGCGCCUGGAAGCUCUUCCGAGCCUGACCAGCAUGCCCACCCUGCCCAGCACCCAGUCUUACUGUCCACCCUCCUACACUUCCCCAGCCUAUGCUGUAGACCACCACCCUUCCUACCAGUACGGACAGUACAGUCAGAGCAAGGUGCCUUUCAUUAUAUGAAGUUCUCUACAUGACUUGAAUGGCUACUCUGACAUUCACCCCUGGAGAGCACCACCACCCACUGCCUCUGCCAACUUCCCCAGCCCUGAGGACAACAAGACAGGGGGUGGGGAGGUGAAAGGGUUAUGGUUAUCUACUCCAGUGAGGAAGGGAACCUCUUUUGAUAGAGGUGUAUUGAUGGCAACGAAGGGGGUUGAGUGGUAUGAUUAAGGACCAAAGGCGCAGCCUCCUCGCUAACCGAAAACUUGGUUUCGUUUGCGCGUCACGUCACGCUCCAAGGACUAAGCAUGGUUUUUCUCAGUGCUUCAGGAGGAAAACAGGGGUUGGGGGGGGGGGAGCAGAUACAUGCAUUAUGUUCAAAAACUUUGUAUUUGAUUUUUUUUUUAAAUAAGUGGCAGAGACACAUGCUGAGGUGACGCCUAUCAGUUUCAGGAGCUUCUGUGCCCAGCUUGACAAUGAUUGGGUGCUUUGUUGUAGUCGAUGGUUAGAGGCGUUGGGGAUCAACACACCCAUCCGUAACGCUCCUCCAAGAAUGUCUCCAUCACAGGGCAGUGAUAUCAACCGUAGGCGGUUAUGUGAGUACAUCACGAAAACCAGCAAGAAAGCCUGAACUGACCCCGGGUGGAGUCAGGGAAGCUGCUGCAACCCAAAGAAAGUGCAAUACAUUCAUACCUCAUGUGCUGAAAAAAGAACACGGAUCAAAUGUUUCAUUUUAUGCUCAGAAAAACCCUCCCUCUACUUUUAAUGAUGUUCAUUUUGGGUUGUAUGCAUUUAUCAGUCAGGGGAAAUCAUUGCGCGAUGAAUAUCGUAGUGACCGUAGCCAUGAUGUCAUUAAGCCAAAAAAAGUUCUCUGCAAGUAAAUACACCAUUCGGUUAGACUGUUGAUUUUACUCUCGUUGUUGUUUUGCAUGUUGAAUUAGUUGUCACCAGGAACUCGCAAAGAUAAGUUCCAUUUCCUAUUUAUUUAGUGUUGUCCAAGUGUAUUUUCUGUAUGUCUUGUAUAAGCUCUCCUCUGUGCUCAAGUAAGUCUUAAACAAUGUUCAUUAUUCACGAUUUCUCUUUUGUAUAAUUUUCCAUUUAAAGUGGCGUGAAGUGAUUUUGAUGUAAGUUUUGUGUAUAAUAUAGCACUAUUACUAUUUAUAAUAAACUAUGGGAAAAAGCU